UUGGAAAUGAAUUACAUUAGCUCAUUAAUUGAUGAAAAGUGUGUUAAAACAGUAUAUUGCUGAGUUAAAAUAACUAAACUGACAUACUUGCAGCUGUGAAGUACAUGCAUGGACCAAAAAAAAAAUCACUAAAGUAUCUACAGAGAUAGUGAAAUUUGACUUUGUAUAUGAGUAUGAUUUAAAAUUUGGAUUUGGAUUUUUUUUCAUUUGUUCUUUGAUGUCAGAAGGUAGCCACGCAUGUGCCACAUCUUCUGACAGGCCUUGACACACAACAGGACAAGAUUAAUUCCUCCCUGACAAAAUUAUCUGCAUGCAAGAAAAAUUGUCACCACAAAAUUCUACUCACUCUCAGGUAAAAAUUUUCCUAACUUUCGGGUGCUGAAUUAGGUCAACCUGUCUUCAAGAAUGAGGAAAAAAGACAAUUGGAGAUCUUCAUAAAAUAAAAUCAUUCCCAAAUUCAGCAUCUAUAUUUCAUACCUCAGGAAAAAAAAUGCAGGGCAUCGUAUUUUCAUUGCUUUCACUGACGUUCCUCUUCACAUGCAUUUCGACACAGGGCUUUGAUGUUACCUUCCAUCUGAUGGAAGAUCAGCCAAAUAACACUCUGAUAGGAAGCCUGGAAGAGGAAACCGGCCUCUCUAAGAAAAUAAAUGAAUCACUCGCCAAUCUAAAAUUCAAUCUCAAGAAAAAAGAAGAGCCAAUAAUCUCUUUAUUUCGUCUUGCUGAAUCUAGUCAGCUUUUUACCAACCAAGUGAUUGAUAGAGAAAAUGUAAAGGUGUGCCAGUAUAAAAUACAGUGUGUGUUCGACUUUGACGUUGUUGUGACUAGUUCAGCUUCCAGCUACUUUGGUUCAAUCCGUGUUCAUGUCAAUGUUACUGAUGUUAAUGAUCACAGUCCAACAUUUGAUCCAAAUCUUUUCCAACUCAAUCUACCAGAGUCCACCACUGCUAACAAGAGUGUUUACAGAGUUGAGCCAGCACAAGAUCUCGACAAAGGAGGUAAUAACUCAGUGCAGUCAUACCAGUUCAUUCAAGUUGUGCCAGUACCUUCCAUAUCUAUGGAUUUCAGAAUGGAAGAAAUCAUCUCUUCCUCUGAAGGAUUGUCUCGUAACAUCUUUACGAAUGUUUCUCUGGACUACGAGCGGCAGAAGUCUUAUGUUUAUCACAUCCUUGCUAGAGAUGGUGGAAAUCCACAAAAAACAGGAACUUUUACUCUAGAAAUAAAUGUUAUAGAUGAAAAUGAUAAUUCUCCUAUUUUCGUCAAAUCUCGAGCAAAUGUGACCAUUGGGGAGAACACCUCUAUUAACACACCAUUUUAUGUUUUCCAUGCUAGUGAUAAAGAUUCUGGAAAUAAUGGUAAAAUUGAAUUUAGAUUUAAAAAGUUUCAAGAGCAGUACCAGGAAAUUGCAUCAUUGUUUUCCAUUGAGAAUGACACUGGCACAGUUAGAGUCAUUGGUAACUUAAAAUAUGAACAUGGAAAAGUAUACCAUAUAGUUGUCGAAGCCAUAGACAAAGGGGAUAUACCUAGAUAUGCUACAGCUCAACUUGAUGUGACUGUAAAGGAUUCUGGGAACAAUGCCCCUAAAAUAAACAUCAACUUCUUAUCCUCUGAUCUUGGCAACAAUACAGUGAGUGUUUCAGAGGAAGCCAUCUUGGAGCAGGCAAUCGCUGUGAUUAAUGUAGAAGACACUGACACUGGUCCUAAUGGAGAAGUGACUUGUCGCACCUAUAACACCUUUUUUGGUCUACAGAGUUUGAAUGAUGGAUACAAAGUCAUCGUGCAGCAUUAUUUGGAUAGAGAAACUCAGAGCACACAUACCAUUAGGAUCACUUGUGCAGACAAGGGGACUCCAGUAUUAGAGAGUGUGGAACAGUUUACUGUGAAUGUUCUGGAUGCCAACGAUAAUCCACCAAAGUUCUCCGAAUUCUACUACAAUGCCAAAGUGGAUGAAAACAAUAACAGGGGGAAACAGAUCAUUCAAGUUCAAGCCACUGAUAAAGAUAUCGGAGAGAAUGGACAGAUUUCUUACUUUAUCGACCCUCCAACAGACAAUAGAUUCUCCAUAGGUCAUGAUACAGGAAUUGUGACAGCUAAUGUCGACUUCGAUAGGGAACAAUCUGUGCAUAUCACAUUCACUGUAAGGGCUACUGACCAUGGAACUCCACCUCAAAAUACAACAGCCAACAUUUGGUUGGAUAUAGAGGAUGUUAAUGACAAUCCACCUAAUUUUCUGAAGGCCAACUUUGUCUUUUCUGUGAAUGAAAAUCUACCUGAAAAUUCAUUCGUAGGAGCAGUUCAAGCAGUGGACAAAGAUGAAGGCAAAAAUGGAGAAUUCAUCUUUGCCAUUUCAGAGGACUAUGCCAACAAGUCUGCCAUUCCUUUCACUGUGUCUUCCUCAGGAGAGAUAAAAACCUAUCAGCCUCUCGACAGGGAGUUGCUGAACCGAUAUGACUUCCAAGUCAUUGCUGUGGAUAAAGGAAACCCCUCUUUAAAAGGAUCGGCUCAUGUUACAGUCAACAUCAAUGACAAGAAUGACAAUGCACCCAUUUUCAUUUUCCCUAGCACUGAUAACCACACCAUAAUCAUUCCAAACACAACUCCCCUUGAAUCCAUUAUAGCUUCUAUUCAGGCCUAUGAUUUGGAUGAGGAUUCUAAUGGUUAUGGAAAUGGGAAAGUUCUUUUUUACAUUGAUGGUGGAAAUGAAGGAGAUGUGUUUUAUUUGAAUCAUGAUACUGGCAGUCUUCACUACAGAAAGCCUGUUGGUGUGGCUGAAGACUAUACCUUCCACCUGAAAAUACGGGCCCGUGAUAAUGGUAACGAGGCUCUGGAAGCAAGGCGAGAUCUUGACAUUAUUGUAAAGUACAUGAACGCUACUGCUGGUCCUCUGCAUAACCAGGAUGACUCUGACAAGAACAUUCUAAUUGUAGUUAUUGUGGUUUGUGUCACCAUUGUUGUGUCUGUGGCACUCAUUGCCGUCAUCUGCAUGCUUCGGCGAAAGAAUGAGGAUAAGAUGAAGGAAGAUGGGCCUCCAUUCUUGGCUUCACGCUCUCCUACCUCCACUCUCUAUGACAGACCCCCAGCCUACCAGAAUGUGACCCAGGGAGACAAGUCCAGACCACGGGUCAGCUUCUCCAAAGAAAAUGACACAUUCACCAAACAGCAACUGAUGGAGAAAAUGACAGGUCAUGCGAAUGGAAGAAUAGAAUCAGGAAAAUAUAUGAGUCACAGUCAACAGAAUCCCAAGUCACACACAGAGGAGAGUCCAAGUGAAACGUCAGGGGAGACAAUCCCAUCAGAUAGCGGGCACGGGGGAUCUGAGGAAGACUUCACUAGUCAUAACCACAAUAACAAUAUUGAUAAAAGACUUCCCCUACAACCAACUUUCUUGAAAAAUGGAGUCUUUGUGAUGCAAGAGGCCCAUAGCAAUCAGACAAAUACUCUCCCAAAUGAGAGACGCUUAAAUUCAGUGUCAUCCAACAUGCCAGUGUCUAAAUACAUGGAUGACAGUUUAUUAACUUCUAGUAUUAAUUCACUUUGGUCAGAUAAUAACCACACAAUUAACAGACAAAAUAGUAACAAUGUGCAAAAGUUACCCACAAUUCCUGCUUGGACGGGAUAUCAUACGAGUGAUAGAAUGAACGACAGUUUAUUAUUUUAUUCCAAAGACACAACACUGGGAAGUCAUAGUGCACACAGCCGUGAUGACGAUGAAUGUACAACAACCAGUGGAAGUUACACAAUUAACGAUGAUAUUGAUGAUAGUUUUGAUAACAGGCCAAGAGAUAUGUUUGUUUAGUGCGUUUGCAUUGAAUAUCAAAAUUUAUGUAUCACUAACUUUAUUUAUAAUUGUGUAACCAAAGAUUUUUUUUCAUUAUGAUGAACAAGUUAUACUAAUGAAACAAAAGUGCUCAUAACUUAAUGUGGACAAUACACAUGAACAGUUAUAGAGAGAAAUAAAAAAGACUGCGAGACCCAUCCAGUGGAUUGUGGUGACGAUUUCCUGACCAGGGUUAAGUCACACCAUUCUGUAGAACCUCCGUGAGACUUGGACAUUGCCAAAAGUGGCUGGAGAAGUAUAGUGGUUCUAUUACAAACACAGGGUCUGCCACAAGAAAUAAUUACCAGACAUCUAAUAUGCCAGUAUUAAACAUUGUUAAAAAUAAGAAAAAAAUGCAUAAGUUAGUGAAAAUAAAAAUUGUGUUCAUUAUAUAUCAAUUUGUAUAUAUAACGGAAUGAAAAAUAACCCCAGUAAUGAACUUGUAUGUCAGAUCUCAUAAACUUUGUAUAGCAAAUGUGUCCUAUUGCAAUAUUCUUAACUUCAGCAAUAUAAUUUGUUCGUGCUGACUGAACCUCGACUUGAUCUCUCCUUGUUUUUGUUCCUAAUAGAGAUGAGAGCCGAGCUUGUGAAAUCCUGUUAUGUAUUUUAUUUAAAACGUAUGCAUAAUGUUAAUAGUAAUGGCAGCGUUUGAAUGUUAUUAAAAUGAUCAAAAUAAUAAAAUGAAUAGAACGGAGAAAUUA